AUGGUAUACUCUGAAUGGGCAAGCUUCUUAUUGAUGCCUUGGCUCUCUGCAGACGCUGAGACCGCCGACCCUAUCAUUGCCAACGGCCCGGCGGAUGCAAAUCAUAACACUCACCACGAAAGCUCACCACUGCUUGCAGGAAGGGAGAACAGAGCGGCAUUGGCGCGCAAGGGCAAGAUUACCCUCGCGGCUUUGUAUGCCAUCCAGGUGUUCUAUAGCUUCUUCAUCAUGCUUCUCUUCAUGACGUAUAAUGGGCAGGUCAUGAUUGCGGUUGCAGUGGGCGCGUUCGUUGGGUACUUGGCUUUCUCCGAAGGGACGCCAGCCACAAAGACGAUCGCGUGUCAUUGA